AUGACUAAUUCAACAUCAAAUCUCUCAUGUCUUCUCUAUGGACCUCAUGAUGCUAGGUUUGAAGACAGGCAAGUGCCUAUCAUCAGCGACCCUUACGAUGUUAUUGUAAGGAUUGCUUAUGUUGGUGUUUGUGGCAGCGAUGUCCACUUCUGGCACUACGGCGGAGUCGGUCUAAAAGUAUCCACAGACAAUCCUCUGACAAUGGGUCACGAAGCGUCCGGGGUGGUCCACAGCAUUGGCUCAGCAGUGACAGCACUCUCACCCAAUGACAAAGUCUGCAUAGAACCAGGCAUACCCUGCUCCCGCUGUAAAUCUUGCAAAUCUGGUCGUUACAAUCUCUGCCCUGAUAUGGCUUUUGCAGCUUCCCCUGGUCCUGGUCCUGCUACCCAUGGUUGUCUGUGUGCUUACUACAAACUUACUGAACGGUUUGUGUAUAAGUUGCCAGAAAGCGUGAGCUUGAAAGAGGGUGUACUUGUGGAACCAAUGGCUGUGGCGGUACAUUCAAUCAAAUUGGCAGCGGUCAAGCCUGGACACAAAGUCGUAGUCUUUGGUGCUGGGCCUGUGGGCAUCUUGUGUGCUGCUGUGGCUCGUCAGUUUGGCGCUGUGGAAGUCAUCUCAGUGGACAUGAAUGCGGCGAGACUGGAGUUCGUCAAGGAGUUUGCUGCUACUGGAGGCUUCACACCAGAUACGACAGCAGAUGGUGCAACCAAUGCUGCAGCUAUCGUCGACCGGUUCCAACUUGACCGAGGAGCUGAUGUGGUCAUCGAAGCAUCAGGUGCCGAACCUUGCGUUCAGAUGGGCAUCCAUGUGCUGGCACCCGGAGGCACAUAUGUGCAGACAGGCUGUGGGAAGCCAAAUGUCACGGUGCCAUUGACAGAGCUUGGCCAGAAAGAAGCAGUGGUCAAAGGAUGCUUCAGGUAUGGAGCCGGUGACUAUGAAUUAGCAAUCGGGUUCUUGAGGGAUGGCAAGAUUGAUGUUAAGAAAUUGAUCUCAAGAACGGUUGCGUUUAAGGAGGCACCGGAUGCUUGGGAGAGCGUGGGAAGGGGUGAAGGUAUCAAGACACUCAUCCGUGGUGUACAAGAUUAG